AUGAGAAUAAGCCUAUCUGGAUGCAUGCAGAAGAGAGGGAAGAAUGCAAAGGAAAGCAGAAAGAUGGCACAUCCUUUGGAGAAUAUGGUGGCUGGUACAAAGCUUGCAAAGUUGACAGUCCAACAGUAACAACUACUCUGAAGAACCUUGGGGCACUUUACAGACGACAGGGCAAAUUUGAAGCUGCUGAGACAUUAGAAGAGGCAGCAAUGAGGUCUCGUAAACAGGGUCUUGACAAUGUUCACAAACAGAGAGUUGCUGAAGUGCUGAAUGACCCUGAGAGCAUAGAAAAGCGACGAAGCCGAGAGAGCCUCAAUGUGGAUGUGGUAAAGUACGAGAGUGGCCCCGACGGCGGCGAGGAAGUGAGUAUGAGCGUAGAGUGGAACGGGGACGGCACGGGAUCCCUAAAGCGCAGCGGUUCCUUUAGCAAGCUCCGAGCGUCCCUGAGACGCAGCAGUGAGAAGCUGGUUAGGAAGCUGAAGGGAGGAAGUUCACGGGACAGUGACCCAAAGAAUCCGGG